AAUAUGAAAACCUGAAGGAGUAUAUCUAAAUAUAAGAGACUUGGGAGAAUCUGGAACUGAAACUGAACCUACCUCGGGUGGGGGAGGGGGCGGGGGGUUAGGGAUGUACAACCUAGGAGAUUAUAGAGCUGUCAGCUGUGUACUUGUGUACCCUCAAACUCAAACCUCUCUGCUACGCUUUUAGAUUUGCUAGAUCUGUUAAAAGGAAAGAUUUGCUCUGUCCAACAAACCAGGCUUAGAGACAGGGUAUUAAAGCUCCAGAGAAUAAUUUUGGAGGCGUGGCGAUGGAAGAGAAGAGUGAUAUUGUAGAUGCAACAGACGAUGAUCGAAUUUCGAAAUUGCCAGAGCCAAUUUUGCAUCACAUACUGUCUUUCCUACAUGCUAAAGAUGCUGCACGAAUGAGUACAUUGUCCAAGGUUUGGGAUAGUGCUUGGAAUUCACUCCCCUACUUAAAUUUUGGUGAUAAAUUAUUCUCCAAGUCAAAAGACAUACCACGUCUUCUGCGUGCUGUGGAUCAAGCUCUAGCAAAUCGGAAAAAGCACAAGAUUUCCAUUCAAAAGUUCUCUCUAUGGUUACCACAUUAUCAUGAGCUUUGUUAUGUCAGCAGCUGGAUUAAUAUGCUCAUAGCUUGUAAUGUCAAAGAGUUGAAACUAAGAGUAAACAGACCUGUUUAUGAAGGUGUCCUUGAUUACAACAGCUUGACCGAGGCAAUCUUUGAUGCCAAAACACUAAAUGUGCUGAGUUUGGAUGGAUUUAAUAUUGAAAUGCCCUCAGAUGAUGGUAUGAUAAAGUUUACAUCUUUACGCGAGUUGCACCUCUCUGAUGUAUUUUUAGACGAGCAAUUUCUUCAGGCUCUGUGUACAAGCAGCUGCAAUUUAGAGGACUUUUCUUUGCAGGACUUUGAUGGACUUGCCAGUUUUCAAGUUGCUGAAACUUCUUUACCUAAACUGAAAAGGGUAAACUUGAAAAAUUGCCCUUCUGUAUUCCAAUUGGUUGAUAUCGCGUCAAUUAAUAUUGAAGACCUUAAAAUCUCCACUAUUGAUGGGAAUCUAAAAGUUGUUAAAAUAACUGCUUGCAAAGCCCUCAAGACGUUGCACCUCAAUGAGGUUGCUGUCACCGACAAAUGGUUAGAGGACCUUUUUUCCAGUCUACCCAACCUUGAAAUCCUUGGGUUAUUAGGGUGCGAGGCAUUGAAGAUGAUGAAGAUCACGAGUGACGAGCUCAAACAACUGACAGUGUUUUAUUGUAGCAAUCUGAUUUCUGUUGAAUUGGAUACUCCUAAUUUAAUGAAGUUCCACUACAGUUAUGAUGCAUUAUCAACAUUCAGAUUGAAAGCUUCAGUUUUGCUGGAAGCAACUUUGUACUUGGACCCACAAACUAACUACUUUGAAUGGCAGUCAAAGCUCACAAAAUUUCUUGCUAACUUUAAUCAUUCCAAGUUUAUUAAAUUAUUGUGCGACUGUGACAAGGUAAUAGUUAUACCAAAAUACCUGAGAGAAAACUUGCUUCCUCCCCUUUAUGGUACCAAUAUUUUGCAAGUGUGCCUUGGGAAUCUAUCGAAUUAUUCUGUUGUCGACAUUAUUGAUAGUAUCCUUUGGAUUUCUCCUCACCUGGACACCCUAUCUUUUACCGGAGCUCUCAGAAUGACCAUGAAGUUCAUAUAUAAAGACGAAGAUGCAUCGGAUGAAGAUGAGAAGCCUUGUUGUGCAUCUCUACCUUGGAAAUGUUGGAGGCAUACAUUGAAGAAAGUCGAAUUGCAAAACUUUGCUCUUAUGGAGCAACAGGACUUGGGAAACUACUUUUUCGCAAAUGCAGACAUCUCGGAGAUGGUUGAGAUCCCCGGGGAAUGCAGCCUUUGAUCAAAUAUUUCUUCUCAGUUGUUGUACUUCAAAUAAAACUUUUCACUUUUCUUGGUUUUCUCGGUGAGGUUUUGUUUAUUCUUUAAUCUGUUGAUAGUCAAUUAUAUAUGCUUUUUAAUAAAUUCGCUCAUGCCAGUUCUAAAGAGGAGCGUCGGAGUAACUAGUAAAGUUGUUGUCAUGCGACCGGGAGGUCAAGGAUUCAAGCCUUGAAAACAGCCUCUGGCAGAAAUGUAAAGUAAGGUUGCUUACAAUAUACCCUUGUGGUGGGUCAUUUCUUGGACACUGCACAUAGCAAAGUCUUCAGUGCACUGAGCGGUUCUUUGUUUUCCGCUCGUGCCAGUUCGUACUUUGGGUUGCUAGGUACUUUAUGAAGAUGUGUUUAAUCUUCUAUCUCUUGAACGUUUAUUUGCAACAUGUGUGUAAUAAGUUCUAGUGGUAUCAAAUAUGUUUAUCCUAGGAGACAU